AUGCGUUUUAUUCCAAUUCUUCUUAUUGCUGUUUUGGCAUUCAUUGUCAUCAUCGAAGGAUGCACCGUCGGAGAUUGUGACUAUCCAGAGAGAAACCCGCGUCCGCGGCCAAAAUAUCCAGAUGAUGACUUCCCUUACCUCAACGGUGACAACAACAAGGCUGGCUGGGUUUCGGAGGUCACAGGCGUUCCAAACUACAAGACAUGCAAUUCUGACGAGGAUUGUCGCCACGACUUCAUGGAAUUGGAAAUUCCACGCUGCACUGACGGCAAAUGCAACAAUUAUACCCCAGAUCCUUCUGAAAUUGGCCGUCCAUUCUGA